CUAGUAGCACAGUAUCAUUUCUCCUUUUCAUCUCUUAUAUUUGAAGUCACAGAGCUAAUUGAUACAAAAAGGCCAGAUAAGCAGUGCAAAAAUUUUAGAGAUGAUCAUAAACAGUUGCUUGAAAAUGGUCCUUCCUUUAUUUUUCUUAUUCCUGAGAUUAUCUGCAGAGAUUGGAGCUAACCAAGAUGAGUGCAAGGUACCAAGUUGCAGUCCCCACGGUCCAGCCAUUAAGUUCCCGUUCCGGCGAAAAGAUCAGCCAUACCACUGUGGAUAUCUCGGGUUUGAGAUAUCUUGCACAGAAAAGAAGCAGACCAUACUGGAGCUGCCAUAUUCAGUUAAGCUCUCAGUGGAUAAAAUAAAUUACAAAUCUCGGGAGAUUGUCGUCCAUGACCCGGAUUUUUGCCUUCAAAGACAGCUUCAAAACCUUACUUUAUCUGCCUCUCCCUUCCAGUUCAAAGUUGACUCUUCCAACUUCGAAAGCUGGACAGACGACUACACUUUCUUCAGUUGUUCCUCAGAUACAAGAGAGUAUGAAUUUCCAUUUACGUUAAUCCCUUGCAGAUCUAGAUUUCUCCACGAAAACCCAGUUUAUGCUGUUCGUUCAUUCAUGCAACUCGAUUGGUUGGAUCUAUCCUCUUGCCACAAGCUUUACAACCUUUCACUCCCUGAUGGUAUAGUUGAUGGGAAAAAAUUUUCUUUAACUUGGUCUGAAUCGAUAUGCGGAAAUUGUGAAAAAGCGGGUCAGAAAUGCAGACUAAAGAGCAAUAGCAAGGGACCUGAAACUGAAUGCAUUCCUAAACAAGUAAAAGGUGUAAAAGAAAAAAUACUGAUUGCGGGUGUAAUCCUUGGUUUCUUUGUUCUCGUGUUUGUAAUCAUCAUACUUCAUCGCGUGUAUAGAUCAAAUGAAUCUAAAAGAGAAAAUAUUGUGAGAAUCGAAAAGUUUUUGGAAGAUUACAAAGCUCUCAAACCUUCAAGAUACUCAUACAAUGAUAUUAAGAAGCUUACAAAUCACUUCAAGGAUAAAUUGGGUCAAGGAGGUUAUGGAACCGUGUACAAAGGAAAGCUUUCUAAUGAAGUUCUUGUCGCAAUAAAGAUCCUUAAUGAUUCCAAAGGAAAUGGAGAAGAGUUCAUUAAUGAAGUGGGAACGAUAGGUAGAAUUCAUCAUGUCAAUGUAGUUCGUUUGGUUGGAUUUUGUGCUGAUGGAGUUAAGCGAGCUUUAAUUUAUGAGUUCUUACCAAAUGAGUCUUUGGAGAAGUUCAUCUUUUCAACAUCUGUUGAGACCUAUUCACUUGGUUGGGAGAAACUUCAAGACAUUGCUAUAGGCAUAGCCAAAGGAAUUGAGUAUCUUCAUCAAGGUUGUGAUCAAAGGAUUCUCCAUUUUGAUAUCAAACCUCAUAAUAUUUUGCUUGACGAAAACUUUAAUCCUAAGAUAUCCGACUUUGGUUUGGCGAAAUUGUGUUCCAAGGAUCAAAGUGCAGUUUCAAUGACUGUAGCAAGAGGGACCAUGGGGUACAUUGCACCAGAAGUAUUAUCUAGAAACUUUGGGAAUGCGUCUUAUAAGUCAGAUGUUUAUAGUUUUGGAAUGUUAUUACUUGAAAUGGUAGGAGGAAGGAAGAAUAUUGAUGUUACGAUGGAGACUAACCAAGUAUACUUUCCUGAAUGGGUUUAUAAUCAGUUAGAUCAAGGGGAAGAUGUGCAUAUUCGAAUUGAGGAAGAAGGAGACAUUAAAAUAGCAAAGAAACUAACAAUUGUGGGACUUUGGUGCAUACAAUGGUAUCCAAUUGAUCGUCCUUCCAUGAAAGUUGUGGUUCAAAUGUUGGAAAGAGAAGGAGACAAUUUAACAAUACCUCCCAAUCCUUUUGCCUCUAUAGGUUCAACAGGAGGAAACAUCAGAAGGCGCAAAAAAUCUCUUCAACAAGAGUUGACAAUUAUCUCAGAAUAGGAUGAAAAGUUAUUCUUUUUACUAUUGUGCUUGUAUGAUCUAGAUAGUGAUCAUAAUGUAAUUGUUCAUCAAUGUAACAUCUUCUAUUUGUUCA